AUGGUGACGCAGCAAUGGUUGAACCAGUCUGAUGACGAAUUCCGACGGCGUGUGGGAGAAAUCUGCAAACACCGAAUCUCCGCACAAAGGAGGUCAGGAGGUCAAACUUUUCUCAGCUACAGAGGUGCCGUUGUCCCUGUGCUGUGGAGCUCCAUGGCUGGGGCUCCGCUUCCUGCUGCGCUGAUGAUCUGGGAUAUGAUCAAGAAAGACCAUGAUGACACGCUUGCUGUUGCGGCAACAGAUGUCACGGCUGCCAACAGAUGGCUGUGUGAGAUUGCCGGAGGCAAGCAGCUGACGUGCUGCCGUUCGCUCGAAAGCGUGCCCUGGGUCUUUCAAUUCAGGAGCGAAGAAGCCUUCGACUCUGUGAAGUCUCACAAGGUCGCGCUCAAGAGUGUCUUCCGAACCCCCCGGGUGUUGAACAUUCCUGGGCCUAGGGGGACUAUCCAGCUGGUGUCGCUGGGCAUGACGGACAAGUUCGGAGAGAUGGACUUCGAGCCUGUCAUGUUGUGUGAUGUGAUGGGAAGCGGCUCUGAUGUUCAGCAUCUGAUACCUUGGUUGCAGUGGAAUCGGAUGUCCGCCAUGGUACAGGUUCAAGUGAACUUCUUUCGCUGGACAGAGCAGCUUCGCUUCAACUGCGACAACUGUGUUGUGAGGGAGUCGAGGCUCGUAGAAGAAGACGCUCUCAUCGAGCAGAUCAUGGACUUCUGGCAUGCAGACUGUGAUUCAAGAUGUCUUCGAGCGUACGUCCUUGUCGUGGACGACAAUGAUGUUCAGCACGACGAGAAACUCCUCAGACUGCUUUCUACCUCUCUCUGGGACAAGCCCUUUGAUGUCAUCAAGCAAGACUUCAGAAAGCUGUGUGGUUAUCCGAUACCUGAUGACCGGCCCUCUAUCAUGCAAUCCUUCCAACAUGCUCUGGCCGUGUUCAAACCUGGAACAAGUGCAUCUCAACAUCAGAAGUCUUCGUCGAGACGUCAAGAGCACAUGUUUUCAGACGUGCAGUACGAGACGCCAGGUUGCACUGUCCUGCGAUCGCGGUACAACAAGAAGUUUCGCCAGCACUGGAAGCCCCGCAGCUCGGUCUACACUGCAGGGGAGCAGGCGCACGUCGACUUCAUCAAUGGACCAGUCAUUCAGGCCAUGAUGAAGGGGUCGGACACGGACCAUGCCCUCUUGACGGUCUUGAAGCCUCAUCUGUGGGUGGACAGGAACCUGAUCGCUGAGCAGGCCUACCGGAGAAAGCUGGGGAUGGAGCUGCAGCCCCCGAAGCGGGAACUGCUGGAUGAGAAGCGAGAUCACCUCGACGACCUGCUCGAUGCUGUGCUGGAGGCAUCUGCCAAUGACGCAAGGAGGAUCGCAUACUACACGUCCUGGGCCACCAUCUUGUCGCACGUCGUCGACAAGUUCUUCUGGCCGGGUCUGUACGUCACAGAAAAGUUUGUUCUCACGAUCUCGUUCGCUGCCUCCAUCCCCCUUGUCGCCCUUGCCGGAGAAAAGAGGAGGAAAGACAAGGGAGGGGAAGAUGCGGUGGAAGAAAAGCAAGAGAAGAGAAGGUCGUCGGCAGGCUCCCCGAAGUUCUCCGAUCACUUCGUUGAGAACGCCGUGAAACAUGUUGGUCACUGGAUGCGAGUGUUGAUGCAAGAGGAUGGCAAUGAGAAGAGAGGAGGAAUGAGAACUUUCUUUGAUUGCUCUUGUUUGUCAGGAGCUUUCCCGCUACACCAAAGUCAACAUGCGACAUAUCAGCACAAUAUCUUCCUCAGCCCGCAGAAGAACCACAAGUCCGAAGAGAGUCUCUACAAGUCCUUGAAGAAAGAUGUUCUGAUCCAGAUGCUCUACAACGCUGCUGCAGAACAAAACCCUGAGAUGAUCCGAGCCAUCUGCUCCUCGCCGACUAGGAAGCAUCGCAACUCGGCCGGAGAGAUCGUCAGGGACGGCGGCGAGUCGUUGGCAGCAGAUGUGAAGCGUCGCAAGACGCAGGUGGAGAAGCUGCUGGAAGGGGCUCCGAAGGAGGAGGAGGUUCACAUCGGGUCGGAGAGGAGGGAGAGAGUGAGGAUCACCGUCUGCUGCAAGGCUUCGGAUCGACGGCUCAAGGAUCAGAUUCGCUACGGGGAGAAGUUUGAGGGGAAGCUGGAGAGGUGGAAGAAGGCGUUCGGGGGGGAUGCUCGGUUCUUUGAUGGAGGCUACAGGGAGAUCACCGGAGACGUGACGCCUGCGGAUCUCACGAUGGAAGACGAGGAGCUGGUGGAGGCGAUCAGAUUGCAUUCAUCUGCAGACAAGAUGGUGGUAGAUGAGGAGGAGGAGGCGAUGGAGGAGGAGGAUGAGGAGGUCAAGACCACACCUGCACGAUCGUCGAAGAGGAAGCAAGACGUCAGGAUGCAGAAGCGAAAGGAGAUCUCGUCGGAGGAGGAGGAGGAGGAGGAGGAUAUGGAGAUCGAGGAGGACAGGCGAUCGAGCAGGAGGAUGCAAACGAGAUCGUCAAGGAAGAAGAACUAA